UGUGGUUCAGUCCAAUCAGCCACAAUUAACUGCUCCACAUUCCGCAUAGGCUGUUCCCAGACGAUCAUCGAGAGCUGCUGGGAAAUUAGCAGUUCAUUGAAGGGUACCACCUUGUGUGCCCAAAGCGUGGUUGGUCUUUGCAAUAAACUAUUGCAAACUAGCAAAUUCGAUACACCAAAGUAAGAUAUUGUGAUCCAGGAUUACAUGCGAAAGAAUACGCUGAAGUCUGAUGAAGCUCUGUUCAGGACAUUAUGGUGCUAAGCUACAGUUUAAGCACAUCCCGCCAUUAGUAGUAGACAGCUGUCGAUCCCAGGAUCUCUGGUGGACUGUCCUCUCCAGGGCGGGAAGAUUUGAAGAACAGCUGUUGCCCAUGCAGCGGGUUCCCCCUCUCCAUAUCACUAAUGCAGUAAGAGUAAGCGCCAAUACAGUUUGGCACCAGUGUUGUCGCAGAUACUGCCAGAGUGAAGUUGUAAACAGCAUCAAACUGCCUUAGGGACCCCGGCUCCGCAUUUCUUCCUCGAGGUUUUCUCCCGAAGCCUUCCCCAUGUAUGAGUAUGGCCGCAAGACAGCGGUGGUUUAAAAUCCGAGUUUUCCUUCACUUAGGUGGGCUGCUGUCCAAGGCUGACGUGUCCCACCAUUACUCAUUCAUUAUGUAUCUAAAACCCUGAUUUUUUUUUACUGGUGAAAUGUAUGUGGAAGAAAGAAAUGUCUUACCAGCAUAACGUGAAUCUUUUAAUACAAGAUUGGCGGUUAUGGAAGACAAUGCAGACUGAAAGAAUUGCAAUUGUGACUCAGGCCCAGUUUGCACAACAAUACAGGGAGUAUUUGGAGAAGAAUGGCUUCCUGGACACAGCCUGUCGUCUCCAGAAGCAACCUGAUGGUUCAGUUGCAUUGCCUGUGCUUUGCAAUAAGCUCAGCCCUCUUCACCAUCUUAACCUGAGUGAGACUGUAGCUCCAGGAAGUACAUGCACUUUUACCGUGAUGAAGAACCCAAUUGCAUCCAAAAAGUCAUUGGUAAAAUCUUGCCACCAACGGCUGCAAGAAGAGCUCGAUGCAUUAUUGAAGCAACAUGGGGUCCUUUGGAGUGAAGAACUGCUACGUGACCUACCUCAAGUGUGGAAGAGGCAUGGAGACAUGAUUGUUCUGAGUGAAAAUGCAUUCCAAACAGAACUCUGGAAAACUUUGGAGCCAGAGUUGUGGCAGGUGGUUGCUAAUGCGCUAGGUGUAAAACGCAUUGCAAAGACAGGCAGAAUAUCUGCUGAUGGCUUUCGUACUCCAAAGGUUACUUUAUUGCUGGGAGACAAUGCCUGGGUCCAGCACGUUGACAAUGGCAUCAGAUAUACAUUUGACAUUACCAAAUGCAUGUUCUCUUCUGGAAAUAUCACAGAAAAGCUACGUGUCAGCUCUUUUGACUGCAGAGGAGAAGUGGUUGUGGAUCUGUAUGCAGGAAUUGGAUAUUUUACACUACCAUUUCUGGUGCAUGCGGGCGCAGCAUUUGUUCAUGCCUGUGAGUGGAAUCCGCAUGCAGUUUCUGCAUUACUGAAGAACCUGGAACUAAAUAAAGUAUCAGACCGCUGUAGGGUCCACAGUGGUGAUAAUCGGCAGCUUCUUCUGCAGAACGUGGCAGAUCGAGUGAACUUGGGUCUAAUUCCAAGUUCGGAAGAGGGAUGGCCUGUAGCUUGCCAAUUAUUGAAAAAGGAUCGAGGAGGGAUUUUACAUAUCCACAAUAAUGUCAGCCUGUAUCCUGAGAAGAGAGGUGCACUAUUUAAUGAGAAAAAUGAUAAUGCAUGUUGUAGCAAGGAACAACAGCAAACUUUGACAGAAACGGUACCAGAUGAGAGUUACUCUGAAACUACAGUUCCAGAUAUCACAUAUGAGUUUCAAAAAUGUACCACUGAAGAGAACACACUUGGCUCAAGGUGGAAGGAAAAUAAGUCAAAAAUUCAAUCAAACUGUGGGAUAUAUUAUGAAAAAAAGCUUUUUACUCAUCCUGAAUGGCAAUCUUGGGCAGAAUUGAUGGCAUUAAGAAUUAAGAGAAUGCUGGAAACUCAUCAUAAAAAGCCAUGGUCCACAAAUAUCUUGCAUAUUGAGUGUGUGAAAUCUUAUGCCCCACACAUUGACCAUGUUGUACUGGAUUUGGAAUGUAGGCCAUGUUGAUGGUUAAUGUCAUUCAAGUACUCUUGUUUUCACAUAUAACUGAUAAUUCAUGAAGAUGGAGAAUCUGAAAAUACCUUAAAUAAAAUCAGCUCCCAGGCUGAAAUUUGCUUCUAACAUAUUGCAGAUUCUCCUUAAAAAUACAAUUACAAAUAUUAUGUUAUGAAGUAGCAUAUUAUUGGCUUAAUUCUCUGAGGAUUUUACAUUAAUGCAGGAAUACAUUACCUAUGUACCAUGUAACUAGAGGCAUCCAGCUAGUGCUUUUAUAAUUCAGCUCAACGGGAUCAAGAAGAUAAUAAGUUAACUUUAUUCUUUACCUUGCAAACUAUAUUCUGGAUUCAGGGCAGGAAAUUUUUUAAAAAAUCAAGGUUCAAGAUUGUUUAAUGUAAUUUCUAGUACACAAGCGUAAAGGAAAACAAAAAUUGUUACUCUGGAACUGAUGCAGCACAAAAAAAAGAAAUAAGAUAAAGAACACCAUAAUAAUUUUUUAAAAUACAAUAAACUUGUAAGAAGGUUUAUCUACAGUGGAAGUCAGAAGUUUACAUACACUUUAGCCAAAUACAUUUAAACUCAGUUUUUCACAAUUCCUGACAUUUAAUCCUAGAAAACAUUCCCUGUCUUAGGUCAGUUAGGAUCACUACUUUAUUUUAGGAAUGUGAAAUGUCAGAAUGAUAGUAGAGAGAAUGAUUUAUUUCAGCUUUUAUUUCUUUCAUCACUUUCCCAGUGGGUCAGAAGUUUACAUACACUCUGUUGGUAUUUGGUAGCAUUGCCUUUAAAUUGUUUAACUUGGGUCAAACAUUUUGGGUAGCCUUCCACAAGCUUCUCACAGUAAGUUGCUGGAAUUUUGUUCCAUUCCUCCAGACAGAACUGGUGUAACUGAGUCAGGUUUGUAGGCCUCCUUGCUCGCACACGCUUUUUCAGUUCUGCCCACAUACAUUUCCUGUAGUGGGCAAGUCGAGGACCAGAGGGCUCCCCCUCUAAAUAGAAGGAUACCUAGUUUGAACAGAGAUGAGAAGGAAUUUCUUUAGCCAGCUGGUGGUGAAUCUGGAAUUCAUUGCCACUGACAAAUGUUGCAGCCAAGGCAUUUUGUAUAUUUAAAGCAGAGUUUGAUAAGUUCUUGGUUAGUCAGGCAUCAAAGGUUAUGGAGAGAAGGCAGGAGAAUAUAGGGUUGAUAAAUCAACCGUGAUGGAACAACAGAGCAGACUCGAUGGGCUGAGUGGCCUAAUUCUGCUCCUAUGCCUGAUGGUCUGAUGUUUUCAACUGGAAUUAGUGGAUUAGAUUCCUACUGAGCGUUGGUGGAUUAGCCAUGCUCCUGUAUUUUUAUCUUUAAAUCUCCCUGGUCUCCCUCAAAUAAACAGAUUUUGGCGUUUUAAUCCAACUUUGCUAUCAGAUAAGGAUUUUUUUAAAUUUUUGGAGAGACAAAUUAUUCUUUUUUCGAAGAGAAUACACCAGAAGAGACUUCUAGUCUUAUUAUAUGGGAUGCCUUUAAGGCUUAUAUUAGAGGACAAAUUAUUUCUUAUACUGCAAAUGUUAAGAAAAAAGCUAAUAAAGAGAGAAUUGAAUUAGCUAAUCAGUUGAAACAUUUAGAUCAAAAAUAUGCCCUGGCUCCAGAACCUUCUUUAUAUAAAAGGCACGUUGAAAUUAAAACUAAAUAUGAUCUUUUAACAUAUCCAAUUGAAACUCAACUCCUAAAAGAUAAAAGUCAAUUUUAUAUUCAUGGAGACAAAACAGGUAAAUUACUGGCUAACCAAUUAAAAACCUUUAUAGCUAAACGGCAAAUUAAAGAAAUUUGUAAAGCUAAUGGUGAUAGGACAACUGAUCAUUUAGAAAUAAAUGAUACCUUUAGAGAAUUUUAUUCUAAACUUUAUAGUUCUGAUCCUCCUAAAGAUAACACUGUAAUGAAUAAUUUCUUAGACCAGUUAAGCAUCCCUACACUUUCUGAUGAUAACCGAAAACAGUUGGAUCAACCUAUUUCUUAUGAGGAAUGUGCCGAGGCUGUAUGUUCAUUGCACUCAGGGAAGGCUCCGGGUUCUGAUGGAUUUUCUGGAGAAUUUUAUAAGGCUUUUUCCUCAUUGCUUAUAACUCAUUUAUAUUCAGUCCUCUCGGACUCCUUUAAGUUGGGUAGGUUGCCAUAAUCUUUUUAUGAAGCUUCUAUUUCACUUAUUCUUAAAAAGAAUAAGAACCCAGCUGAAUGCUCUUCAUAUAGACCAAUCUCCUUACUUAACGUUGACACUAAAAUCCUAUCCAAAGUUUUGGCUCGUAGGAUUGAAAAUAUUUUACCAUCUAUUAUUUCUGACGAUCAGACUGGAUUUAUUAAAAAUUGAUAUUCCCACUUUAAUAUUCAUCAUUUAUUAAAUGUUAUUUAUUCUCUUUCUAAAAAGAUACUGGAAUGUGUGAUAUCCUUAGAUGCUGAGAAAGCUUUCGAUCAGGUUGAAUGGAAUUAUUUAUUUAAAACCUUCGAAAAAUUUAAUUUUGGGCCCGAUUUUAUUCAAUGGAUUAAAUUACUUUAUUUAUCUCCCUCUGCUCGGGUUCUUACUAACUCUCAGAAUUCCAAACCAUUUAAACUUCAACGUGGAACUAGACAAGGUUGUCCUUUGAGCCCUUUGCUUUUUGAUCUGGCCUUAGAACCCUUAGCUAUUGCUUUUCGAGAAUCUAAUGAUUUAAGGAGAGGUAUUAUUCACAAAGUUUCGCUUUAUGCUGAUGACCUAUUGCUUUAUAUUUCUAAAGUUGAGACUUCAUUACCUCCGUACUUUCCUUACUCUCCUGUUUUGGUCAGUUUUCAGGAUAUAAACUAAAUUUUCAUAAGAGUGAACUUUUUCCUUUGAAUAAUUUGGUAUCAAUUAGUACUAAACUUCCUUUUAAAAUUGUAAGAAAUCAAUUUACUUAUUUGGGUGUAACAAUUACUAAGAAUUAUAAAUAUUUAUUUAAAGCUAAUUUUUUUACCCUACUGACUUAUGUAAAAAGGGCGCUAUCAAAAUGGUCGCCCCUUUCACUAUCGUUGAUUGGCCGAAUUAAUUCUAUUAAAACGAAUAACUUGCCUAAAUUUUUAUACCUUUUUCAGGCCUUACCUGUUUUUAUUCCUAAAUCCUUUUUUGAUUCUAUAAUAUAUAUGGAAAAAUAAACUUUCUCGACUAAAUAAAAGUUCAUCUUCAGAAAGCUAAAAAAGAAUGGAGGUUUGGCUUUACCAAAUUUUAGAUUUUAUUACUGGGCAGUCAAUAUACAGAACCUCACAUUUUGGUCAUAUUAUAUUAACUGAGAGGACUGCCCGGUUUGGGUUUCUUUAGAAGCUCAGUUAAUAAAUUUUCUAUCAUCUCUCUCAUCGGAUCCUCUAUUCCUUUAUUAUUAAGUAAACUAGCUGAUAGUUUUGUAGUUAAACAUACUUUGAGGAUUUGGGUACAAUUUAGAAAAUAUUUUGGUUUAUUGAGAUUUUCUCUUUCAAGUCCCAUUUUUUUAACCUUUUUUAAACCUUCUAUGACUGAUGUAGUUUUCAAAGAUUGGGAUAGACUGGGUAUUAAAUGCUUCCAGGAUUUGUUCGUUGGAGAAAGUCUCUUUUCAUUUGAGCAGUUGUCGGCUAAAUAUAGCUUACCAAAACCCCACUUUUUUUGAUAUUUACAAAUUGGAGACUUUCUGCAACCUCAAUUACAUAUAUUUCCUAAAGGGCCCGAUAAGAAUUUAUUAGAUGUAAUUUUUAAUUUGAAACCUUUUCAUAAUGUAUCAAUAUCUAAUAUUUAUGGUGUGUUGUUGGGAAUGAGAAACACUCCUUUAGCCAAAAUUAAAAAUCUCUGGGAACAAGACUUACAGACUUCAAUUUCUGAGGAAGCUUGGAAUGAAAUUUUUAAAUUGGUUAAUACCUCAUCGUUAUGUGCCGUCAUUCCCUCCUACAAUUAAAUGUGGUCCAUAGGGCCCACAUGACUAAAGAUAAGCUGUCUUGUUUUUAUUCAGAUAUAUCUCCCUAAUGUGACAGAUGUAACAAUGGAGAAGCUUCAUUAAUUCAUAUGUUCUGGACAUGCCCGAGUCUUGAAAAAUAUUGUAAGGAAGUAUUCCAAACUUUCUCUGUACUUUUCAAAGUAAAUUUUAAACCUAACCCUUUGACUGCCGUAUUCGGUAUUGUUGGAGGAAAAGAUAUUAUCUUGGAGACACCUAAUUUGCACAUUUUGGCUUUUGUUUCUCUUAUAGCUAGGAGGGCAUUGUUGUUUAAGUGGAAGGAUGUUGCUCUGCCUACUCAUGCUCAGUGGAUAAGCGAUGUUAUGUCAUGCUUAAAUUUAGAGGAUAUACAUUGUUCAAUUUCUGAAUCUAGACAAGACUUUCUAACAUGCUGGGGACCAUUUUUGUAUUAUUUUCAAAAUCUUUUAGAUUUGUUAUUAUGUACAGAUGUUGGCUAAUAUGUUUUACUAAACAGCUUUUCCUGGU